AUGGAGGAACGGCUAAAGCUCAGCCGCGAGAGCACAGCGGCAGAAGUGGACGCAACGGAGUACAGAAGACUUGUCGGAAGCCUCCGCUACCUCGUCCACAAAUGGCCAGAUCUCGCCUUCAGCAUCGGAUUCGUGAGCCGCUUCAUGGAGUGGCCAACUCAGGAGCAUAUGACGGCUGUGAAGAGGAUCCUGCGCUAUGUUGCCAGGACGAUCAAUUACGGCUGCCGCUACGGGAAAGCAGUGGAGGGACAACUGGUCAGCUACAGCAAAAGCGACCUCACCGGCGACAUUGAUACGCGGAAGAGCACCUCUGGCACUCUGUUCUUCUACGGCGACAGCUUGGUGAGUUGGCAUUCCCUCAAACAGAAGGUGGUGGCCCUGUUGUCCUGUGAAGCAGAGUAUGUCGCUGCCACCACUGCAGCUACACAAGGUGUGUGGCUGGCUCGAUUGCUCGUUGACUUCAUGGGGAAGUCUGCCGACACCGUCAAGCUCAAAGUUGACAACCAAUCAGCUCUAGCACUGAGCAAAAACCCUGUGUUCCAUUAG